CGCGCGGAUAAGGCCACCACCAGUCUGUUACAAAACGUCGAACUGUUAAGGUUUUUUAUAGGUAAAGUGUUUGAUAAGUUACGGGGAAAGGAUAAGCUUAAUAGAUCGGAAUCGAGCACAAAGAUGGCGGAAAUAACACAUAUCAAUCCAUUGCUGUACGUCACGGAGAAGCAAAUACAAGGUGUUCGUGCGUACUGCGACUUGGACGUGAAACAAUUGAGAGAGUCCAUCGAUGCAGUUCUGGAGUGGUGCUCCAAGGAGCCACAUCUUGAAGCAGCUGUGCCGAUAUUGAAAAAAAUCCGCUUGAUCGAACGAACUCUGCUAAUCACAAAAGGGUCCAUAGAAGAAACCAAGAAGAGAAUAGAAGCAGUCCUGACUUCAAGAGGGAUGAUGCCUGAACUGAGUCACAAUCGGUCCGUCGACGAAUUCAAAACUAUCCUGGGAUGUGUAAAUUACGUGACCUUACCAAAAUUAUGUCCAUCAGAUAACUCCAGAGUGGUUCUAGUAAAUUUCAAUAAGGAGAACAUCGACGAUUUCACUCUUUUAGCUUACUUCAGAUACGCAUUUUAUAUAGGAGAAUACAGAUUAUACGAUGACUACUCUAUAAACGAGAGACACGUGAUUGACCUUGAAGGUGUUAAUUUAGGAGUACUUACUAAAAUUAACCCAAUUCUGUUGAAAAAAGCAGAACUAUUGGCCACCGAAGGCUAUGGCACCAAAAUUAAAGGUAUCCACAUACUCAACGCCCCAACUUGGGUAGACAGAUUCGUGUUCAUCAUAAAACAGUGCAUGAAACCCAAGGUGGCAGGUAGAUUGCACGUGCAUAACUCCAUCAGUGACUUUCAAAAACACGUGCCUAAAGAAAUCUUACCUAAGGAGUAUGGCGGUGAUGAGCAGUCUGUCAAAAAGAUAGCUGACGCCUGGACUGACUUUAUGAGCAAUGAAGAGACAAAGCAAAGAAUAAAGGAUCUAGACCAACUCGUCGCUGAUGAGUCCAGAAGAACAAACACCAAAUUCAAUGACGAAUACCUGGGCAUGCCUGGCUCUUUUAGAAAACUUAGUGUUGAUUAGAUUAUGUAUUUGUAUACAUGGGUGAAUCAACUUUUUCUUGCCUGUUAUUGCCAUGGUUACGUUACGGUCCCCUGAGUCACGCUGGUUUUAUGCAAAAAAUAUGCUACUGAAAUUAUACAAGCAUGCAUGCAGUCCAUGUUUGUACGUGGCAAAUUAAGGAAAGGGCUUGUUAACACUAGAAAAAUUCAUGUUUGCAUAGUUUAAGUAAAACCAGCGUGACUCAGGGAGCCGUAACCAUGGCAAUAACAGGCAUGAAAAAGUUGAUUCACCCACAUACAUUUAGAUCUGGAUAGAAGGAUUACUUUAGUUUUAAUUAUAAUUGUAGAUCUUUAAGUUUUAUACUUUUAUGGUGGUAUUUUGUCAAUAAAAUAAACUAAUCUGUAUCAACAAC